AUGUCAAUGAAGCGGAGUUUCAUGGCACUGAGUAUGACAAGAUUGUGGGUGUUAUUUCACAAGAGGGAGAGAAACUAAAGCUAAACACUCCUGUCAUAGCACAGGGAGCAGUGGAGCUCUGGCUCGGACAGCUGUUGUUAGAACAGCAGGCUUCGUUACACUCUGUUAUCAAAGCUUCAGAUCUAGAGAUCAAUGAUCCCGACUUUGAUCUUCUGUUUUUCCUCAACAACUUCCAAGCACAGGUUGGCCUGCAGGGAAUCCAGAUGCUUUGGACAAGAGAUGCAGAACAGGCACUAACACAUGCUGAAGAAGACAAGGAGAUCAUGCCUCUUACCAAAAAGAAAUUCCUAAAUCUACUCAGGACACUCAUUAAACAAACCACCUGUGACCUGAGCACAUUUGACAGAGUCAAAUAUGAGACGCUCGUCACAAUUCAUGUGCACCAGAGUGAUAUAUUUAAUGACCUAGUAAAAAAGCGUGUCAAAUCUGUCGGUGACUUUGAAUGGCUGAAGCAGAGCAGAUUUUACUUCAAAGAUCACCUGGAUACGGUCCUCGUAUCAAUUACGAAUGUGGACUUCACUUAUCAGAAUGAGACCGUCUGGUCAUCACCCCUCUGA